UGCGUGGUCAGCAUUGGGCAGUUGGCUCUGCUCGUGUGUGGCGGUCGUCGGGGCGUGUGUGUCCGAAUGAACCGGCCUCUUCUUCUUGCUCGCCUCGUCUCGCCCGUCCGGAGCAUCGGUCUCCCUUUUUUCCGGCUCAUUCCGGCCAAGCCCGAAUGGCUGCUCUUUGUUGCCUCCGCCUCGGUCACUGUUGCUCUCACCUGA